GGGUGCGCGAUAACAAGAGUGGCCAGAUGCCACCAGUGUAAAGUGGCACUCGCUCUCCCUCUCUGUGCCCGCGCUUAAGCGCCCAGCCCGACAGUUACCUGUUCCACGCCCGUGCGUAAGCAUGGCGACCCAGUACGAUCCGGCUGCCGGCUGCUGGCGCGGCCCGGACCGACCGCCCGUGCUGAAUCCGGCCGCCAACCUCGGCCAGGUGCUGCUGAACGUGCUGGAGCGGGCGGGCCCGAAACCGGCCCAGCUGAACGGUGACACCGGGUACGCGAUGAGCGGGGACGAGCUGCGCCGUCGCGCGGUCCGCUUCGCCAGGCGGCUGAUCGGCCCCGACCGCUGCCAGCAGGGCGACGUGGUGGCGCUGAUGGCGCGCAACUCCGACGACGUGGCGCCGGUCGUGCUCGGUUGCUUCCUGGCCGGCGUAACGGUCAGCACGCUCGAUCCGUCGUUCGGCGUGGAGGAGGUGGAGCACCUGCUGCGCCUGACCCGGCCCCGCAACGUGAUAGCGGAUGCGGACGCGCUGCCGGUCGUCUACGAAGCAGCCGGGCGGAUCGGCCUACUGCUCGCGGCCCAGCCGUACGUGCUGCUCGGUGAGCCAUCGGCCCAGUGUCUGCCCGUGGCCGACGUGACCGCGGUCGAGACGGACGAUGAGGACGGGUUCGUGCCCGCCUACCGGGGCGAUUCGGCCGCGCUGACGGCCGUUAUUGUGUGCUCGUCCGGCACGACCGGUCUGCCGAAGGCCGUUCGUAUCUCGCACGCCCAGCUGAUCGGACCGUACCAGCGCAUCAGCCAGCUCGAUCGCCGCGACACGAUCCUGUGCUUCAGCACGCUCUACUGGAUCUCCGGCUGGCAGAUGCUGAUGACCGGUCUGCUGAACGGGAUCCGGCGCGUCAUCACGACCCGGCCGGCCACGCCGCAGCUUGCGAUCGAGCUGUGCAAUCGGCACCAGGUGACGCUGCUGCUCGUGACGCCCACGAUGGCAACCGACAUUGUGCGCACGCUGGAGGCCUCCGCCGAACGGUUGCCCUCGAUCAAGCUGUUCGCCGUCGGCGGCAGCACGGUGUCGAAGCGGCUGCGGGAGGACAUCAAUCAGCGCGUCCUGGUGGCUGGCAGGGGUCGGUCGCUCGUCGGGUACGGCACCAGCGAGACGGGCAACAUCGCCUACGAGCUGCUGGUCCGUGACGAUUCCGUUGGCUUUCUGCUGCCCGGUGUAACGGCGAAGAUCACAGCGGAGGAUGGCCGACCGCUCGGUCCCAACGAAACGGGCGAACUGCUUGUCCGGCCGGCGCACCCCUUCCUCGGGUACCACGGUGACGUGCCGGCGACCGAGGCCACCCUGGCCGCGGACGGGUACGUGCGGACCGGCGACAUUGCGCGCUUCGACGCGGACGGCUACCUCUAUCUGGUGGACCGCAAGCGGGAAAUCUUCAAGUACGACGGGUUCCAGAUCGCCCCGACCGAGCUGGAGGACACGAUCGCGGAGCUGCCGGGCGUCCGGUACGUGGCCGUCGUCGGGUUGCCCGAUCCGGCCCGGCCGUACAACGAGCUGGCCACGGCGCUGGUCGUGCGCGAACCGUACGAAUCGGCGAGCGCCCCGACCGAACGGCAGGUGGUCGAGCACUGUGCCCGCACGCCGGACGGGCGGGCUCGGCCGGCCCACAAGUGGCUGCGCGGGGGCGUCAUCUUUGUCGACCAGCUGCCGAUGACGGCGAGCGGGAAGGUGAGGCGGGCGGCGGCCAAGCAGCUCGCCGCAAGCCGGUGGAAUCCAAGCGGACCGCCCCCGUCCGGCUAGAGAGGUGACCGGCGUGGAAUGUGUGGAAGGGUUUAGUGGACGAUACGGUACAACCACUUCAAAAAUAGGUUGAUAGGGAAUGGCGGAGGAGGGGGGGGGGGAUUGGGACAGAGGGUGGUUCGUAGCUAUCUUAUCGAUUGAGAUGGAAUGAUGCAACGACAUAAACUUGAUACAGCGCUUUCCCAUAGUUUUUGUUUUUGUUUUCUUUUCCAGGGAUUUUAGAAUGCACUAGUUGAUUUGGCCAGGUUACAAUGCAGCGCAAAUAAAUUUCAAAGAGCCCUUUUACACUUAA